GGGGCGUGUCAGGCUGCGGCAGGGGACCAGCCGAUUGGCUGAGAGGGACCGGAGCCGGGCUGCCGGCCCGACCACAGAAGGGCGGUGCUGCAAGGCUAGUCUGGGAGGUGACGACCGGCUUCGGAGAGUCUAUCAUGGCAGCUCGGACUGGUCACACAGCCUUGAGAAGGGUGUUCUCAGGAUGCCUUCCGAAGUCGGCGACAGCGGCCUGCGCCCCCGCACGGGCGCUUGUGCGGAAUGGCAGAUAUUUAGCUUCCUGUGGCAUACUGAUGAGCAGAACUCUUCCACUACAUACCUCAAUUUUGCCUAAGGAGAUAUGUGUACGAACUUUCUUCAAAAUCACUGCACCAUUAAUAAACAAAAGGAAAGAAUAUUCAGAGAGAAGAAUUUUAGGAUAUUCAAUGCAGGAAAUGUAUGAUGUAGUAUCGGGAGUGGAGGAUUACAAGCAUUUUGUUCCUUGGUGCAAAAAAUCAGAUGUUAUAUCCAAGAGAUCUGGAUAUUGUAAAACACGAUUAGAAAUUGGAUUUCCACCUGUGUUGGAGCGAUAUACAUCAGUAGUAACCUUGGUGAAACCUCAUUUAGUAAAGGCAUCUUGUACUGAUGGGAGACUUUUCAAUCAUUUGGAGACUAUUUGGCGUUUUAGCCCAGGUCUUCCUGGCUACCCAAGAACUUGUACCUUGGAUUUUUCAAUUUCUUUUGAAUUUCGAUCACUUCUACAUUCUCAGCUUGCCACAUUGUUUUUUGAUGAAGUUGUGAAGCAGAUGGUAGCUGCCUUUGAAAGAAGAGCAUGUAAGCUGUAUGGUCCAGAAACAAAUAUACCUCGGGAGUUAAUGCUUCAUGAAGUCCAUCACACAUAAAGGCAAAAAAGAACUGGUGUCACCUGCUUCUAACUUUAGUGUGUUCACUUUUAGGAAGUAUUUUCAUGACAUGUUUUCAGAAGCCAGAAAGCAUUUGUUAAACGCAACUUUGGUUAUAAACCUGCACCAUUGAAAAUUUGCACAUAGAAUAUAGACUCACUUGUACAUAGAAUUAUUUCUUCAAUCAAGUAUAAUUCAAAAUAAUAUGGACAUUAUCAUGUUCUGCAUUACAAUAAUGGGAUGUCAUCACCAUUGCUAGAAUACGGGCAUGAUUCUUUUGAGCAGAAGUUGAAACUGUAAAUUUAAACCUUUUAAUUAUCACCUUACCUGAAAGAGGUUAGUUAAGAUAUUCACGCAGUAUAUAUUAUAUUAACCAUAUCACACUUAAGUUAUUAAAUUCAGACUAUUUGUAACUUAUUGUUAUAGGGCCUGCCAUAUGGCUUAGGAUAUUUGAGUAAUCAUAUAUUUAAAGUAAAAACUUUGGGCUGGGCGCAGUAGCUCACGCCUGUAAUUCCAGCACUUUGGGAAGCUGACGUGGGCAGAUUAGUUGAGGUCAGGAGUUUGAGACCAGCCUGGCCACCAUAGUGAAACCCCAUCUCUACUAAAAAUACAAAAUCAGCUGGGCAUAGUGGCACACACCUGUAAUUCCAGUUACUUGGGAGGCUGAGGCACAAGAAUCGCUUGAACCCGAGAGGCGGAGGUUGCAGUGAGCCAAGAUCGCCCUGCUGCACUCCAGCCUGGGCAACAGAGGGAGACUCUGUCUCCAAAAAAAACAAAAAACAAAAACAAAAGCUGUUAGUGAAGGUUCCCUGGGACUUUUGAUAUUUUAAAAAUUGUUCUUAUGACUAGUAGAUAAAUUCAGUGCCAUAAUGAGGCUAGCUCCCAGAUAAACAGUGAAUUUUUUUCUUUUUUUUUUUUUUGGUGAGUGGUCCAGAGCUUUAAGCUACUUUUCCAGUAGUUUGCCACUUUCUCCGAGGUAGUUUGGCUGCUCUUUCAAUUAUGCUAAUUGUGUGUCAAAUUUUGUCUACAACAGUAGGCAACAGAUGAAGAUAAGUUGGUUGAAUGUCUCCAGCACUGUGCAUCCCUAUUUUCUAUUUAUUGUGUAUACUCACUUUCAGUAAUGUGUUUCAAACUGAUAUUUUUUAAAAAACAAAUCAAUGUAAGGACUGAAGUUGAAGUAGCAACGUAAUAAAGUUAAUUUGUUUAUUUUUUGUACAGUUAGUUUGGUUAUUGAAAUCUUCCUAUAUUGUUUAAAUGUGUAUUUGCAUAGACAUAGUAAAGUGUUGUUAUAGCAUUUCAUGUCUUAAAAAAUCUAUGAAGAUUUCUAAAAUAUCUAUUUCUAUGAAGAAACAGACUUUGACAAAUAUAAGCAAAAUUCAAUUUUCUUUUAA